CAGGUCGCCGAGGCUGACAAAAACCUCAACGCUGCUGAAGAGACCCUGAAUGAAUUGAAGACAUCGCACGGGCGCUCUGUCAGUAUCGCCCAAGCUCAAGGGGCAGAAUAGUUGGUGGGCUCAGCCGUAUUUCAAGAUGCUGUGGCGGUGGCGUCUUCGAACAUGACCACAGAGAUCUAUUACGAAAUUCGUGGGAAGGUGCUGCACCAUAACCCGGACUUCCCCAUCGGCGAGCUGGCGUUUUUUGACGGGGAGGACAUUGACGAGCAGGGUAAGAGCCUUGCUCCCCUCGCUGAUACUACGGUUCGGUUGAGAUGGGAUCUCAAUACGGAGGGGGUACUCGUCUGGCCUCCUUCAGUCCUAGAGGAAAGGGAGGAUCCAGCGGGCCUACCCUCCUUCGACUCCUGGGUUGAAGGUGCUCCGAUAGCCAAACAAGAGCCAUCAAGCACCCUUCCCAAUUCCCAGCCUGCCGCGGCGCCAGCAAGGUCACCCAUCAUUGCGCCAGCUUUCGAGCCCGCCUCCAGCUCGCUCCUCCCCUUAUGCGCCUGAUGCGUCCAUGCCCAUCAAUUUGACGGAUGAUUAGGCUUAGGAUUUUUUUGUUUUGAUCUUUUGUAUUUUUGCUUCUGCAUUUUUGUAUUUGAUCAAUGGAUCCAUUCUAUAUGCAUCUUAAAUGUAAACAUCCUUGAUGAAAUACAAACAUGAAUUUCGUUUUGAAAUUUUUGUAUUGACAGUUAUAUGUUUUCUGUAUGUUGUCAUUUACAAUUGCUGGAUAACAACUUGAAUAAAAUAACAGAACACAU